AUGACCGACGGAGAAGGCAAAAGGCGUCAUCAUUUUGGACGCGAAUUAGUUUUUGAGCCAGUUGUUGGGGUCGAUUUGAAGUUAACAGAAGAGGAGAUUGAAAUUGGUCCUGUUAAGCCUAAUAAAUCACUUGCUCAACUUCACAUUAAGUUAUUAAAGGUUGCUAAAGGUAAGAAUGAGCUCUCUUCUAGCAAAGUCACGGCAGAAGUUGCAGCUGGCAAGACCAUUGAAACUGAUGUCCUGCCUAUUAUUCAGAAAUUUUAUAAGUCGCAGACCUAUCAGUUAUACAUUUGCUAUGAUGUUAUCUUCUCUGUAUUCAUUUUAUGGUCUGGUUGUAAUGAUGAUGAUGGCAGUGGUGAUGAUUAUGAUAGCAAAAGGGAUCAUGAUAAUGGGAAUGGAUCCAACAAAUCUGACAAAGAAAAUAAAAAUCUUAGUGAGAAGAACGUUGCUCUAAAGUUUGGUUCUCGAUGGAGUUUAAGACUGGCUGGAGUUACAAACCAUCAUGUUGUAGAAGCUGGAAACUUGGGUACGAAGAAUAGGUUGAGAAAAUUACCCACUUUUAACUCUGCCUUUGACUCUAUUAAUGUGCUUUAUUCAGAUGUUGAAACUUUAUCAAGACAUACAAACAGUGAGAUAUUUGGGUAG